UUCCUGCCGCUCUCGGGCUGUGACGUGUCGUGCUGACGGCGGCCUCGGAGCUGGAGGAGCGGGGGGCUGUAGCAUGACAAGAUCUGGCUCCAGACGUCCUGCUUCGUUUUCAGCAGUGCUCCAGAAACAUCCCCCUAACCCCUCCUUCUCUGCUCCUCUCCGGCCCGCCCAAAUAACACAAAAUUCCCGACUGAAUCCUGCCCGAGUCUGGGGGAACCAGGCGGCCUGGGAAGCCGUGGAGCGGACAGAAGGCAUCCCUGCAGCCUAAAUCUGCUCUCCAGUAACAAAUGCAGUGCGAGGACAAUGGAUGAGGAUGUCACAAGGCUUGCAAUACAUUCUGAAGAGCCUAAAAUAAUAAUACACGGAUCGGAUGAGGGUGGUGCAGACGGGCAGGAGUUUGUUGUGGAGCUUCAAGAAACAGUGUUGGUGUCAGAAGGUGAGGGUGAAGGCAUGGCAGUUCACAGGUUUGCGCCCGAUGAGCUAGUCAUCCAGGAUGCUGUUGAAGAUGUGGUUUCUGAGUAUGUGCACUGCGAUGAAGAUGAAGAUGUCGCUGUAGAAACCUGCGUGAUGGCUUUGGAUGGCGAGGAGGAAGGUGUUGCCAUGGGUGACAUCCCAGAAGAUGGGCUCGACCCAGAGCAGCAAGAGGAUGACCAAGAUGGCUGUGGAGAUUAUCUAAUGAUAUCCCUGGACGAAGCCGGUAAAAUGGUGUCCGAGGAUGGAACAGAGGUAACAGUAGAAGGAGCUGUGGAGGAUCAGGAAGUGGAAAAGGAUGAAGAUGGACAGGAAGUUAUAAAGGUUUACAUCUUCAAGGCUGAUUCUGGAGAAGAUGACAUGGGAGAAUCUGUCGACAUCAGUGAUGGCGACACAGAGAGCAUGGUGCUAACAGAGUCUUCAGGCCAAACGCUGCGUGAGAAGAUGGUUUACAAGUCUGUUGGGGACUCUCACCACAAUCAAGGAAACCAUGGUGGGCCCAAGGUGACUGAUGAGGUUUAUAUGGAGGUGGUGGUAGGAAAUGAAGAGGCAGUAACUCACGACCGCUCGUAUGACAGCGUGUCUCUAAGCAAGGACUUCAUGCCUGUGGCCUGGGCAGCUGCUUAUGGUGCAGAUGAUAGUGAGAGCUGUGAAAACCGGAAUGGUGCUGCCAGCGCACUGCUGCACAUUGAUGAAUCAGAUGGGGUCGAUGAAAUCAAUAGACAACGCAAUAAGAAUAAGAGACGGUCAGAGCCUCGACAAGUCCAGACAGCCAUCAUUAUCGGUCCAUAUGGCCAGCCACUGACCGUUUACCCCUGCAUGCUUUGUGGUAAGAAGUUCAAGUCGCGAGGCUUCCUGAAACGACACACCAAGAAUCACCACCAGGAUGUUCUGACCAGGAAAAAGUACCAGUGUACAGACUGUGACUUCACCACCAACAAGAAAGCCAGCCUCCACAACCAUAUGGAGGUGCACGCUCUGAGCAGUAAGGCCCCUUUUGAGUGUGAAAUGUGUGGGAAGGAGUUUCACCAGCAGGGGGUGUUGUUCUCACACAGACUGCAGCACCACCACCGGGAGCCUAAAAGCCAGCCACCUCCUCCGCCCACCAAAAUGCAUAAGUGUAAAUUCUGUGACUAUGAAACUGCCGAGCAAGGGCUACUUAAUCGGCACUUGUUGGCAAGUCACAGCAAAAGUUUCCCUCACAUCUGUGUGGAAUGUGGAAAAGGUUUUCGGCAUCCUUCAGAGUUGAAGAAACACAUGCGCACACACACUGGCGAGAAGCCUUAUUCCUGUCCAUACUGUGACUACAAGUCUGCUGAUUCAUCGAAUCUCAAAACUCACAUCAAGACUAAGCAUAGCAAAGAGAUGCCAUACAAAUGUGAGCGCUGUUUCCAGACCUUUGCAGAGGAGGAGGAGUUAAUGCAGCAUGGACUAACACACGAGGAGAAUAAGACCCACCAUUGUGCUCACUGUGAUCACAAAAGUUCCAACUCCAGUGACCUAAAACGCCAUAUUAUCUCUGUCCAUACUAAGGACUAUCCACACAAAUGCGCUGUGUGUGGAAAAGGCUUCCACCGGCCGUCUGAACUUAAGAAGCACUCAGUAUCUCACCGUACCAAGAAACUCCAUCAGUGCCGGCACUGCAACUUCAAGAUUGCAGACCCUUUUGUUCUUAGUCGCCACAUUCUGUCUGUCCACACAAAAGAGCAGCAAGCUUCACCUGAAAAGAGUGAGUCUAAAAGGACAGAGACGCACACUCCUAAUGUAACAUCUAAAAAAUCUGCACCUAGCGGAUCGAGCAGUUCUGGCCCGCCUGCUCGCGUUAGUGCAGCCAGCUUAGCUAGCAGUGUGACCGUAGUUAUUGGCAAAGGACAAAAAGAGAGGAGAAUUUAUCAGUGCCAGUACUGCGACUAUAGCACUGGGGACGCUUCAGGUUUCAAGAGACACGUGAUUUCUAUUCACACAAAAGACUAUCCACACCGUUGCGAGAUCUGUUCAAAAGGCUUCCGACGACCCUCGGAGAAGAACCAGCAUAUCAUGCGUCACCACAAGGACGUGGUGCAGGCAGAGUGACUCUGACCGAGCCAAAUACUGUGUGCCACAACAAAGAACAAUGUUUAAAACAUCCAUCACACCCCAGUCACUGCACCCUCAGCACAACACCAGUCAGGCUGUGGUGUGUGCUGCACUUAAGUCCACUUUCUUGUUUUGCUCUUUUUGAUCCUCAGCCUAAUGUUUGUUCACAGAUGUAUACACAUGUACAUAAAGUUAAUGUUCUGACAGUUAGCAACCAAGCCCCCCCUACAUAGACUCGCACUCCUACCUGCAUGUUUCUUGCUGGUGACAGUGUGCAUGGCAGACUGUGCAGAUGUCAUUUUGUAGAUACACAUUUUUUUUAUUUUAUUUUUGCAGGUAGCAAUCAGUUUUCAAUCACAAAAUGGUCCUGAUUAUUUGUCUCAAGUGUGACUGAAGUGUAAUUUUUAAAAAAAUGUUUGCGUCAUUUUGUUCUAAUGUACUCAACACAGAGGUAUGAAUUAGCGACCUGUUCCCAGUAGCACUUGUAAAAUUGUGUAUGUAUGUGUGAAAGGAAGAGUGAGGGAUUUAAAAAUUUGGG